CACAAAUUAAUACAAGUACAAACCAAAUUAUGUUUGGAUUCAAUUUGAAACGCAAAGUCGUGCUUUGUGUCAUCAUCUUGAUGGUGGUCUUUAUAUUUGUAAAUCAUAAUGGAGAGCUCAAACCAGACUCGCCACAAAGCAAACUAUCAAGGAAACCAAAUCUGGAGCCAAUUACUUUACACAACAAAUCAGUGAUAAAAAAUGUGCAACCAGCAACCGUUUUGGAUCCACAAAAAAUCAACAUCCAAACGAUAGAGAAAACACCAAUAAGUGUUGCGGAAAAUUUCUUUGUGUUUAGUCCCAAGUGUAAGAUACCCUAUGUCGAUCCACUAUCGGAAGAUUUCUUGAACAUGUCGGUCCCUUAUCCUUAUAAAACCUGCACAGAGGAUCCGGACCUUUUUAGCGUUCUCUAUCACCGCAAAACGAAGCACUACAUAUUGCACUUGAAUAAAGAAGUGAUGAAGACACGUUUUUCCAACAUUUCGAAUUAUGCUUGUUUUUAUUUUGAGACUAUGGCUGGCACCAACGAUUCAUAUGCCGUUGCCCGUCGUGCUGAACUCAUCGAAAACGACUUUAUUGUUCCGCACCAUUUUUUGGGAUUGGUUGUGCAGUGCAAUGAUCUCGACAACAACUCUCGUGUGCUGCAGGCCGAUGCUUUUUCCUUUGUCCAGCAUCCGGUGGAUCGUAACGAGACGAGCGAUGCCUGGCGCGGCACAAACUAUCCCAGUGUCUUUCUCUUUGGCAUCGACACCAUGUCCCGAAUGAACUUCCACCGAACGAUGCCGCUCACCUCGAAAUUCGUCCGUCAUAGUGGCUGGUAUGAGAUGGAGGGCUAUAACAAAGUGGCAGACAACACUUUGCCCAAUCUGCUGGCCGUGCUGACGGGUCGCAGCGCCAAGAACUGGUCAAAGGGUUGUAACCUGAAGACUGCGGGUUGCUUUAACUACAUUACGUAUUUGUGGGACCACUUUCACAAUGCCGGCUACCUCACUGCGUAUGCGGAGGAUCUGUCCUCCAUAUCCACAUUCAACUAUUUGAAGUCGGGCUUUGUACGGAAGCCGGUCGACUUCUAUCUGCGUCCCUUCGUGACGAUACUCGAGCAUGUCCUCAAAUCGGUGGAGUGGAUUGGCUGUAAAUACUGCCUGGGCCGGAGGCACAGCUUCAGCUAUGUGUUUGACUAUGCCAAGCAGCUAAUCCAGCGCUUUGUCCAUGAGACACCGAAGCCACUGUUCGGUUUUUUCUGGACGAGUAGUUUCACCCACGACGAUCACAGCGGGGGCGCAAAUCUGGACGCGAUCUAUGUCAAGUACUUGGAGGAGUUCAAGGAGUAUGGAUUAUUCGACAGGGCCAUUGUCAUUUUGUUCAGCGACCACGGCGCAAGGUAUGGGUAUUUGGCGAAUCAUCCUACUGGCUUCCUCGAGGAGCGUCUGCCUAUGCUGCACAUCUAUCUGCCGCCCUGGUACCGUCGCCGCUAUCCGCAGGUAGCGCGUGCCCUUCGUCUGAACAGGAAUCGUCUUACCUCCAGCUAUGAUCUGCAUCUGGGCAUCAGACACAUUUUGGAGCAGAUUCGUCCUGGAAUUGACUUUAUAAGUUCCUAUUCUUGUAUUAAGUGCCGAUCCCUCCUUCGAGUGGUGCCCAAAAACAGAGGUUGCUCCGAUGCCAAUAUUCCCAUUCAUUGGUGCGCCUGCGAAACCUAUGUCCCCGUGGCCACCACUGGCUUGGCUUUGCAAUUGGCCCAAGUGAUUGUCUAUCGAAUGAACCAGUUCUUGGCGAAACUGAAUCUGGAUGCGGACUGUGAGACAUUGUACCUUCGCAAAUUGCUAAAAGCAAGCCGCCAGCUGCACUUUGAUGACGUUGGUGUCGAAAUUGCCCCGCCCAAUGGCAUGGAGAUAUAUAAAUUGGAAUUCACGACCUCACCGAAUAAUGGGAAAUUUCGAUCUCUUGUCCGUAGUAAAUUCAACGCGGAGCACGUAUCUCUUGACUUGGAUGAGAUAAGUCGAUUGAACUCCUACCGCAACGAAUCUUAUUGUGCAGAGGAUAUACUGGCCAAGAAACUAUGUGUUUGCCUCAAAAAGACAUAUUCCGAUGACGAACAUACAAAAAUAAGGAGAGUCAGAUAUGGCUGGCUGAAGGAGCAAGACGACGAAUAUGAUGAAUCGAAUGAUGUUCCUUCGAACGUUAAUCUUAAACUUAAUGUAUAAAUAUCUCAAUAAACUGGAGUAGUUUCCAAGCCUUACCCAGGA